CGCAUUGUUACAUGGGAUCGCCGUGUGUAAGUGGACAUUUUCGGUACCCCAAUAGAGGUAAACAGUUUUUUUACUGAAUGCACUCUCGCGGACACAGUAUUUCAUCAGGAUCGGAUGCAGGGAGUAGGUUUUCUACUCUCGAAAAGAAGAAACAAUGCUCCAAGUUGCAGGAUGAGAGCAGCGACGCUCGCGAACGGGGCUCGCCCUUAUUGGGGGGCCGCAAACCCCCAAUGGUACCCGCCAUUCCGGUGGCGACGUCCACUGCAGAGGGCCCACUCCUGGUACCCCACACCUCAAUCAACGACACGAUGGACUCAAAAUCCGUGCUCAAAGUGUACCUCUGCAACGGCACUUUCAAGGCUGUCAAGUGCGGCGAUGCCACGGACGUCAAGGGAAUAAUCCAUCUAUUAGCGUCUCACAUCUCGGAGAAAGCACUCCCACUGGAGUGCCUGCUCGCUCUAAGGCUUCACAACCUAUCCACAAAGGAGGUGAAGUGGCUUCACCAGGACACCACCAUGUUCCAAGUUGCGGAGAAAUACAUGCCGCAACACGGUCUUGAGGAAUGGCGGUUUGAGCUACGAGUGCGCUACCUGGUGUCCAACUUGCACGACUUCUUUGAGAAAGACAAAGUAACAUUCUGCUAUUUCUAUGAACAGGUUAAGAACGACUACUUACUGACGUGUUCAAAUGUAGACCUAGACUUGGCCAUCCAACUAUGUUGCAUUGAAAUUAGGAGGUAUUGCAAGGAUAUGACACACGGAGCCCUGGAUAAAAAAUCGAACUAUGAGCUCAUCGAAAGAGAAAUAGGGAUGCACAAGUUUCUUCCAGCACAUAUCAUAACGGGAAACAAGCCAAAGACGAUACGGAAGCUUAUACAGGGUCAGUUCAAAAAAUGUUCCCAGCUCUCCGAAAGCCAGUGCAUGUUCAGGUAUCUGGACCAAGUGCGGCAAGUGCUUACAUUCGAUCGGGAAACUUUCCAGUGCGCUCUGGGGACUGGAUGGAGCGUGCCAGUAGAACUUGUAAUCAACCAGGAGCUUGGAAUAGGAUACCUCACUGAUCGUAAUGGACAGUUGAAUCAUGUCACAAGCUUUCAACAAGUCCAAAGCAUUCAAACCAUUGUAAACGACAACAGUCCAAAGCCAGUGUUGCAGCUAAAAAUUGCGGGAGCAACAGAGGUACUAAGCAUAUCCUGUUCAUCCCUUAUUGUCGCCGAAAGCAUAGCGGACCUUGUUGAUGGCUACUGUCGGCUUGUUCAUGGCACGCAGGCUACUUUUUGGAACAGAAAGGAAGCUGCAGAAGAGCCUGUUGCUCCUACAGAUGCCCAUCCACCAAAAUAUAGGCAAGGAACCACUGCCAAAAAGAAAAUUGCUCCGUCUGAUAGCAAACGAGCAUUUUCAGAGGACUAUGCAGAGAUCGUUGAUGAAGAUGGUGACUAUUCUACACCAGCAACCAAAGAUUAUGAACUGUGUCGUUCUAGCAUAACGCUAGGUGACAUAAUUGGUGAAGGGCAGUUUGGUGAUGUUCAUAAGGGCACCUACCUUAUGAAGUCUGACAGCCAAGUCAUUCCAGUGGCUAUAAAGACGUGCAAGGUUGAAACAGAAAAUGCCAUGGGGGAAAAAUUCCUCGAAGAAGCCUAUAUUAUGCAGCAGUUUGACCACCCACACAUAAUUAAACUCAUUGGUAUCUGCUCGGACUCACCAAUUUGGAUCGUCAUGGAGCUGGCAAAACAUGGUGAAAUGCGGGCGUACUUGCAAAGUAAUAAGCACAGAUUAGAUCUGGCCACACUCAUAUCGUACGCGUGUCAGCUAAGCACAGCCCUGUCGUACUUGGAAAGCAAGAAGUUUGUUCAUAGGGACAUAGCUGCUCGUAACGUAUUGGUGUCGUCGCACGACUGUGUGAAGCUUGGCGACUUUGGGCUGUCUCGCUGGGUGGAGGAUCACUCCUACUACAAGGCAUCCAAGGGCAAGCUUCCCAUCAAGUGGAUGGCUCCCGAAUCCAUUAACUUCCGUCGCUUCACAACAGCCAGUGAUGUUUGGAUGUUUGGAGUGUGCAUGUGGGAAAUCUUGAUGCUGGGUAUCAAGCCAUUUCAAGGUGUGAAGAAUAAUGACGUGAUUGGACGGAUUGAGGACGGCGAACGUCUUCCUUUGCCUCCCAAUUGUCCUCCUCGCCUGUAUAGUCUCAUGUCCCAGUGCUGGUCAUACGAGCCUUCCAAGCGACCCAGCUUUCAGGAAAUCAAGCAGGUCUUGACUGAAAUACUGGCCGAUGAACGAAGGCAACUGGAAGAAACCAUGCGCAGGGAAAACCGAAGGGUCCAAGCCAUGUCCUGGGGAUCGUCAGGUUCUGAUGAACCGCCACCUAAGCCUUCUCGACAACCCGUCGACCGCAGCUGCACCCCAACUCCGCCGCCCACGGUGGGCACUUACAUAGUCGCACAGACGCCGGAGGUCCUGGCGCAGAUCCUGCGGGAGAACGACAGCAGUCUUCCGCCUGCGUGGGCCUAUGUGGCUCCUGCAUCUCCCACCAACACUUUCACGAAUGAUUGUGAGCAUAAGGAGCAGCUGGAGCAUCGUAUGCUGGAAAUGAGGCUUCAGCACCAGCAGAAAGAAUCCGAAGAGGACUCCAAGUGGUUAUCCAAAGAAGCUACAAACUUUCCCCUCCCAGUCACACCCACAAGGACCCGUAUCUCCUGCAGUGAACAGCUGGACACGGAGUUCAUUGGGACCAAUGGAACUAGCCCCACAUCUGCUACACCGCAUCCUGGCGUUCAAACAGAAACAGCGCAACUUCCAGCCAACGGAACAAUGGAGUACUCAAGUGUCGAUAAGAAGGCAAACAUGCAAGCACAGAAAAUCGAGCCAGCACCCACGGCAGAGUUGGACAGGACGGACGACCGUGUAUAUGGGUGUACCACUCAAGUAGUGCGCUCUGUAAUGACACUGUCACAGGGAGUCCAGGAAAACAGGCUCGAGGAAUUCCUUGAUCUUGUCAAGGCCGUUGGCUUAGAGCUGCGAAGCCUUCUGGCAAGCGUGGACGAUCUCACUGCAUUUUUUCCAGCUUGGUCAAAGAAGCAGGUUGAAAUGGCUCACCGGGUGCUCAGCAAGGACAUGGGGAACCUAGUUCAAGCUAUGAAGCUCGCCAUGAAAUAUUCUCGCACGACACUGGACGCAGAGUACCGCAAAAGCAUGCUCGGUGCUGCACACGCACUAGCUGUCGACGCGAAAAAUCUCCUCGACGUUGUCGACUCUGUUCGGCAGCGAAUGCAGUCGACGUCAUCACCAUCGUCGACGUCAUCGGGCGAAAAUGCACCUUUUGCCAUGCCAGCCUCCCCAUCAACAAGUUCAACUCCAUCAACUUCAAACCCUCAGACAAGCAGUCCGGUGCAAGAGGAACUGCCAUCGUUAGAGUCCAACUACGACGUCACUUAAUUUCCCCUUUUCGCAUUUUUAUGAACUGUAAAUUUAACUGCUUAACGUUAUGCUUCGAGACAUAGAGUGACCUGCCAUUCGCUUAACAGCAGGUCUUGGCACACACCACAUUAUGAGUGUGGCGCAAAACUCGUGAGAAAUUACGUUUUGCAUUGUCUCUUUGAGAGCAAAUUUCUCGGCUGAGAUUAUAGUAAUGAACUCUGCUCUUUUUCUUAUUAUGGUAAGCAGCGUCAUUGAAUCGUGUUACAUUUUACAAAGAAGGGAAAUUUAUUUUGUUGUCAAAUGGUGUUGAGAUGCUCUACGUACUACAUUAUCUCUGCUGACAUGGCUCGUAACAUCACAUCAUAGCGAGCCUUUUUAUGAAACACAACUCUGUCACAGAAAGCUGUCACAGAUUUCCUCCAAAAGUGACAGCCGCGGACGCAGCUUUGAACAUUGCAGCUAGGUGCACAUGUAACAUGUUGCAAGCAUGGGCGUACCAAGAGGGGGGGAAACGCCCCCCCCCCCCCCCAUACGUUGUAAUGAAUAUUCUGAGAUGUCAAAAUAGGGACCUCUGGGCACCCACACCAGCUCCAGAGAAAAAGGGAAGGGGGCGGGGACUUGCACACUUGCCCCCUCCCCUAGAAGCACUCGCCCCCCCCCCCCUCCCGGAAAAAAUCCUGGGAAUGCCCAUGGUUGCAAGCAGUGAUUAACAGCACAAAAUCAACAUAGCAGUGCUGUGUAUGAGCAUCUAGAUCCAUGUGGCUGAGGGUUUUACAUCUUAUAUAUAGGCAGCAAAAAUCUGUAUUUAUGUUACAAGCUGUAAAAGAUGGUAUAAUCUGGUGAUAUCAUCUGAAAGAGCUCAUUUUCGGGUGGAAAAGGAGAGAGUGAAAGAACACACAGGGUGGCAGCACUGAGUGCCAAGUAUUUACUGUUCAGCCGUGCCUGUAUAAGUGGCUGGGCUUGAGUCCUGGCAAGUUCAGUUCCUGUUUUUUUUAAAUCAUGUUUGACCCUAGAACGCAAUGGUGUAUGCAUACAAGGCUGUACGUGUUUACUUCGAGAUUGGGCACUUGAAAUGUGAGAUCUGCUAUUUUGGUAAUGCAGGUGUCCAUCACAAUAUUGAAUAAACCUGAUGAAUCCAUAGCUGGAAACGCUGAUCACAAAUGCAGAUUUCUACAUUAAUGUGAACCCAUGAAUCAAAAUCCAGGCUCCAAACUGAAAUUAGAGAUCAUGAAACUUGGGGAUUGUGAGCUUCAGGUAUGGAAAAGCUGAAGUACUGACAUAAUAGGCACUGAGUGUGUGUAUACAAGACAAGUAGUUGUCAUGGAAUUAUGUACAAGAAAAAAGAAGCAAAUCAAGCCUGUAGUAGAAAAGGUAUGCUCGUGCAUGUUGUAUUUAGGCCCUUAUAUGCUUUGGGGCUUUCGGACGUUUUUAAGAAAUCUGGUGGCAAAGACCGGGUUUUAGGACCCGCAAAGACAAAAAAAAAAGAAGUGCCAGAUGGGCAUACGAGAUGCCAAGCAACAGUGCUGAAUGUGAAGUACUUGGAUAUUUCUCAUUGCCUGUACGGGCAGCUGAAUUCGGCAAGUUCUACCUUUGGAGCUUUGCAUGUUUUCACCUGAUGUGACGAUGAUGCAGAUUUGGGGUAAAAAUGAGUUUUACUGGGUCUAACCCCAAACAACACAGUGCUCUGAGUGUCUUUGAAUGUUGCAGUGUUUGAGGAGUAAUUGUGGUACAAUUAGUGCAACUCUUAACUCAUCCAAAAAUCAUUUGCCUCACUUUUAAGCAUUGCCACAAGUGUGUCAGAGUUGCAAGCUGUGAUGUUCUGAAACAUGCUGUUAUUUAUGAGUAAUUGUUCUGAAACCAAAAUUUCUACCUUUCAGCUGUUAGUGCCUGCUCUGAUAUCUUGUCAGCCCCAGAAACUGCUAUCAAAUAACAGUACAAAAUGGCAGCUAACUGUCGUGGAAACAGCGCUUCCUUUAACCCUUUGUUCACAAUAUUCAGGCUGCUACUGUACAGGGCUAUGUCUCUACUGUACAUCUCGCUAGUCAAGUUUUUUUUUUUUUUUAGUCCAGCUCUGAGAAUAACGAUGCCAAGAGUUUUAUGUUGAUGUUUUGUCUUUGGAUCUUGUCCUUGACCACUUUGGUAGUCUCUUCAUGUAAAUAACUACUACCAUAAGAAGGCUGCUAAAAACUCAGUGGAGAGAAACUGAAGAUGGAAAAAAGGUUAUGCUGGGAGAAGUAUUUGCAUGGGGAAAAGUCAACACUUGUAAAAAGCUAAUAAAAUUUAAAGUGGU